GAUAUGUAGAGGAUCAUGCAGGGUGAGCUUGUUCCGAAGGAUUUGUAAUGCAAAAUUCGGAGACAGGUUGGCGUUCGACAGGAGCUGUUUCUUCGGGCUUUAAAAGUAACUCUUGGCAGAGUCAAGAGUCUGGUCAUCCCACAACACAGUGUGUGACGCUCCACGUGGAAAUGGAGGAGUACUUGUCAGAAUCAUCAGAUUCUGAAGACUCUGUUAUUACCGAUCGAGAGCUCCAGGAAGCAUUUUCUAAAGGUUCGCUAAAACCAGGCCUGAAUGUUGUGCUAGAAGGACAACCAAAAGCUUUCAACAAUGUGGAUGGACUGAAGCAAUGCUUAUCUGAAUUCCAGAAGCACCUAAGCUGGGUUGAAAGGCUUGAUAUUACUUCUUCUUUGGCACAAAAUACUACAACUACAGCCUCUGGUCACACACUUGACAAAGAUGCUAUUGACCCAGAGGAUGACUUCAAAAGAGAAAUGAGAUUUUAUCAUCAGGCCCAAGUGUCUGUACUAGAAGCCCUACCUCGGCUGCAUCAGCUCAAAAUCCCAACUAGGCGGCCUGAUGACUAUUUUGCAGAGAUGGCAAAAUCAGAUCAACAGAUGCAGAAAAUUCGGCAAAAACUGAAGAGCAAACAAGAAGCUAUGGAAAAAUCUGAAAAAGCAAAACAGCUCCGUGCUCUGAGAAAAUACGGCAAAAAGGUACAAACUGAAGUGCUGCAGAAGAGGCAGAAAGAAAAGUCCACAAUGUUGAAUGCAGUCAAGAAAUACCAAAAAGGUCUCUCAGACAAAUUGGACUUCUUGGAUGGUGAGAAUUCAUCAGCUCCUCCAGAAAAGAAGAAGAAAGAGGAGGGGGUUAGAGGCCGAUCAGUAAAGAAAGGACCAAAUGCCAAACGGCGUUACAAGGACCAGAAGUUUGGUUUUGGUGGCAAGAAGAAAGGGUCAAAGUGGAAUACUCAGGAAAGUCACAAUGAUGUGUCAAGCUUCCGUGCUAGCAAGGCGCACUACAAAGGUCCUGGGAAAGCCGGAAAAAGGGGUGCCAAUAAGAGACCCGGCAAAAAGAUGAGGCAGAAAAUGAAGAACCGCUCCCGAUAAAGAAUUAAAUGGACGGACUUUUCUUCUUUGUUAGAUCUGAAUUCUUUCAGGUGGUCAGCAUAUCACCAUGAACUUACGUUGGCCUUGUCCUACUUGACCUUCUUCCCACUUGCUAUGGAGGCAGCAGAUAGUUCUGCCUGACCUUGAUGCUGCAAUAUUUAUACAUAGAUAAAAACCAGAUACUUUGUUGCCUCUCUCUCAUACUGAUUUGUUUUUUUCCCUUGAGCCUAUUCUGUGAGAUAUUGAAUUAAAUAGUGAUGACAGCUUGACCACUUCAUCGAUACC